AUCAAGUUGCUAUUGAAUAGUAGAGCAAAGGAAUUAAAAUGAAGGCACCAAAGACAAUUAUUUAUUUAGUAUCAUUGUACUGCAUUAUUUCAGGAAUCAUAUUUGUAGGAAUAUCAGUUUUAUCAAUAUGUGCUUAUGCUUGUGCUUUUGACUUCACAAAGUCUCCAUUUACAUAUCUGAUGUACUUGCUUUAUUUUCGAAGAAAAACUUGCCAUAACACAAUACAAUGGGAAACAUUGGGAAUUGAGCAGCUGUCAGUAGAGAGGCUUGAUAUGCCACCAGAAACGGCAGCUGUACUGAGAACUUUUACGUUUUCGAUAUUUUAUCUGGUGUUGAAUUUAAUUUUAAUUUUGGCAGCAUUCAGAGCUAUGUCUGGUAUCAGCCAAACAUCAAGGAAUCGACACCUGCUGUUUUGGUCAUAUUACUCAGCAAUUUUCAUUACCUUUGUAUCGUUGAUAGUAUUGGACUUUUUAUCCAGCGCAUUUUAUUUAGUCGAGUUCUUCUUAAUGUACUAUAAUUCAGAUAAUGUCGUAAGAACUUUAGAAAUUGACAACGAAGAAUAUUUCAAACAUUUUUUCGCUGAAUUGUCCUCAAACACACGCAGCUUACCAUCACUUUUAUUUUUCUUAAUCUCGUCAAAAUUUGUGUUACUAUUGACGGUAAAUAUCGCUGUCAUAUAUUCCAUGUUUAUUGCUGUAUGGAAAGUUUGUCGUGACAAUCAGAAACAAGUGUUUAAAAUUCAUGAGAUUUCAAAGAAAAAGGCGCCAAGCCCAGUUAUGUCAAUUAGAAGUAUUGAAAGUAUGAAUGAAGUUCCACCGCUUAAAUUCCAGACGUUUUCAAAAUCACCAAUGAGACGAGCUGCACCCGAAAAACCACAAUCAAGUCCACCACUACCACCACCCCGAACAAACUCUGUUGUGUCACAGACAUUUAGUGCUACAUUAGACAUAGCAAUAGUUCCAGAUAAUCGAAGUAUGAGCAGUACAACAACAGUUGAAGAUAUGGAAUUUGAUGACUUGCGCUUGCCAAGAGUUCCAAACGAGAAAUCAUCAUUCCAAUAUCCAACCCUAACAGACAAAGAGCAUGCUCUUGAUCAAGAGUACGGUUGA